AUGGGCGGCUUGAUCACUGCCCCGCUUUCAAAGGCUGGCACCUGUCUUGGUGGCUGCUUUGGCAGCUGUCUGGCUACCGGCUGUUGCAAGUUGGCGGGCAGUGGCACCGUCAACUCUGUCAAAGCAUCCAGAUUUGUGUUGAUUUGGCUGCAGGUUUUCACUGCAGCGUUGGCCUUCCUUCUUUCUGAAACAGCAGAGAGGUGGCUUCCGUGGACAUGCGGGAAGCUUGACCUGGUGGGUCUAGGUGAUCUUGGCGUUUGCCAGUGCCGGACGGCUGAAGAUCAGUGCUGGUCAGAUCAGCUGAUCUACAGGACCGAGGCUUCCGGGACGGUUGUUUUCCUUGGCCUGCUCCUCAUGUCCCUCAGUGGAUGUGCAGAGGGAGCAGCGAGGGCAUACUCCGUGGCGAAGUUCAUGGCAGUGGCUUGCAUCGUUUUCAUCACGCUCUUCUUGCCGAAUGAAGUUUGGGUCGGAUUCGGAAGCGCUGCCACGGCAUUGUCUGCUAUCUUCCUGGUGGCACAGUCAAUAUUGUUGAUUGAUUUCGGCUACACCUGGAAUGCGCAGUCCUAA